UAAGUCUCACGCUGGAAACGUGUGACAAUUCAUUCGAAUUUCGGCACGUAGUUGAACAAACAACAACUUCUUUCUAAAAGAAACUUGACAGGAGAAGACAGCAAUGAAAAAGCAGUUUCACUUUGCCUUUUUACUGGCCAUUUUGGCUCUGGUCGUUGACGGAAAUCUUGCUACAGAAUGCGGCGUGCCAAACCGAUCGGCCAGGAUAACAGGAGGAAUCGAAACACUACCCAAUGAAUUCCCGUGGGUGGCUUAUUUGCAAGUCUUCUUUUGGAGUGGAACUUCCGCACAGUGCGGAGGCACGCUUAUCCAUGAACGUUGGAUCCUAACAGCUGCUCACUGCCUCUAUGGCGUCGUCAACGUCACUGUUGUUCUGGGUGCUCACGAUAUCAACAGCCCAAGCAGUUUGGGAAGGCAAGAAUUUUCCACCAAGAAGUGGACCAGUCAUCCACUUUGGCGUUACGGUGACGUGGAAAACGAUAUCGCAGUUGUAGAACUGCCUGUAGCCGCCACCAUGACAAAUGUUGUCAGACCGGCUUGUUUACCCUACUCGGACGAUCCCAGGCUAGAUGGCUCGACUGUGACCAUCACAGGAUGGGGAAACUACUCCAGUGACGUUAAUAGUGGCGUCAGUCCAGUACUGCGGAGUAUACGAUCAUCCGUCAUCGAUUCGUCAGGGACAACUGGUCUAUGCCAGCAAAAAGCAGCUAGUGCGGGUGUUGGCCCUUUCCAUGGCGAUAAAAUCAUUUGCAGCGACUCGAGUUACAACCGCCAUUUUUGUCAUGGUGAUGAUGGAGGUCCAAUGAAUUAUCACAAUUCUUAUUGGAAUACUUUUACCGUUGUUGGUGUGGCAUGGAUAGGGGACCCGAGCGUUGAUUGCUCCGUUUCGACCAAACCCAACAUUUGUGCUCGGGUUAGCUUUUACGUCGACUGGAUCCAUGAAACAACCGGUAUACCGCGUCUCCCUAAACCAACAACAACAACCACCACAACAACUACUACUACAACAACAACAACAACAACGCCAGCGCCAACAACAACAACGCCAGCGCCAACAACAACAACGCCAGCACCAACAGCAGCUUACUUUACCUGUGAAGGGAAACCUAGUGGAUUGUAUCCGAAUCCAACGUGCACUUGUUGUAGCACUUUCUAUAAAUGUUCCAACGGCUACGCUUAUCUUUACGAUUGUCCUGAUAGUGGGACGGUAUUCGACCCAAGUCUUUUGGUUUGCGUUUUCCCUAGCAAUUUGCCAGCAUGCCAAACGUGAUUGUAAG